AUGGACUGCGAGGUCUGCGUGGUUGGGCUCGGGGUGUCCUCCCUGCCGCUGCUGAAGUUACUGCAGCAGACCGGCACGGACUUCCGCGUGGUCACCAGCGCCGCCUUCGGCAUCUGGCAGAAGCUGUCGGAGGCAAAGGAGAACUUCGACUUGGUGACCACUAUCGAGUCCACGAACUACAGCUGGUGGGACUACGACUAUGACUUCCCCUUCUACACGGCCCGGUCCUACCAUGAGAAGCUGCUGCAGGAGCUGACGCCCGAGCUUCAGGCGCGGACGGUUUUUGCGGCAGUGGGCCGUGUGGAGGAGGCGGACGGCAAGUACCAGGUCUUCGGGUCGUCCGGGGAGCUCCUGGUGUCCUGCAGACGCCUGGUGCAUGCAGUGGGCUUUUCUCCGGACCAAGAUAUCCUCGGGAACCUCAGGAGGAUUGCGGAGACUCCGGGGACCCAGCAUUUCUUGAUCUUCGGUUUCAGCGACACGACCAACAUGUACAUCUCCCGGCUGGUCCGUGCGGGUCAUCGGGUGACCAUCGCGUGCCGGCACUUUCACGUGGUGGAUAAGAUCGGAUGCACUCACGGGAACUCGGGGGGGCCCUUCGACCAGUACGAGCCCAUGCAGCAUUGGACGGGCCCAAAUCAAGGGGCGCCCAACGUCACGGGCAUCCUGGUGCCACUUCCGAUCAAGGGCGCCAAGGUGGGCAGCCCCACGUGGCUGGCGGGGAAGCUCACCAGCUACGUGGCCUCCUUGGUGGGCCUGGCGGAGGUGCUGGACCUGCGGAGCUUCGACACGGAGUACCAGCAAAUGGCAUCAGGCCUGGUGGCGGAGGGCAAGACGGACGUGCCAGGAGGGUUGGGAUACCUCGUGAAGCAAUGGCCGGUGGACGAGUACGUGCGCUUCUACAGCGACGAGAGGUUUCGGGAGUGGAUGCUGCGGGAGAACGUGUUGCUGAACGACAUUUACUUCUUCCUGCAGCAGGGCCUGGUGUCGCUGUUCCACAGGGAUGAGGUCCAGCACGUGGCGGGCAAGAAGUAUCGCUUGAGAGGGGAGGAGGUGGAGUUCGAUCAGGUCUUCCACUGUCAGGAGGCCAAGCAUCGGACUCUGGACAUGCCGAACAUUUGCCCGCACUACUCCUAUGCGGAGCACUUGUUUGGCAUGUGGAACAAGGCCCGGCCGAAUCUGUUCUUCCUGGGGACUACGAGGCCUUACACCGGCGCCUUUGGAUGCGUGGCCGAGGUGAACGCCAUGUUUGUCCACCGGAUGAUCACUGACCACUGCUUUGCUCAGAAGAUCUCGGCACAGUUCCCGUCGUAUCUGCACCGGCAGAGGGUGACCCACUACGUGCAGGCGUCUGAGCCGGAUAAGCUCCACGUCCACUGGGCCGGGAUGCACAUGUUACGCGUGUCUGAGGUCUUGGGCUGUGACUUGAGCUACGCGGAGGCUCGGAAGCUCGGCCUGGCCACGGAGUGGAUGACUGGCCCCAUCAACGCGCUGAGGUGCCGCAUUUGCGGGCCCUAUGCCACGGAGGGCGCGGCGGCAAAGUACCGCCGCUCCUGUGCCAAGCUCGGCACCAACCAGAUGUAUCUCAACAUGAUCUAUCGCACCUGGGGGGAUCGCCUGGUGGUGGCCUCCUGGCUCCCCACGCUGCUGCUGGCCGCGGGCCUCGGCUGGCGCCAGCUGGGCCCCGCGGAGCGGGCGCUGGCGGCGGCGGGGCUCUACUUCCUGGCCGCCACGCCCACGGCGCCCAGCCGGCUCCGGGGCUUCCUGCUGAUGCUGGCCUUUGACAGCCUUUACCACACGCGCGCCUGGGUGAUGCUGCUGCUCAACUGUCUCCAGCUGCUGCUCAGCAUCCUGUGCUUUCUUUGCGGCAGUACCUUCGGAGUUCCGCUGAUCUUUCGCCUUGGCGUGGUCACGGACCUGGUGUUCCUGGUACUGGGUUACCUGAGUUUCCCCAGGGCCUUCUUCGGGGAUAUGCGCUGCCGAAGCCCCCACAAGCAGUGGCUCUUCUCGACCUACCUGAAGGUGAAUUGGGCGGUGCCGCACAGCGCGCAUUAUAUCGCCCUCAGUUUUGUGCAGUCCGCAGAGGACAUUUUGGAAUGCAGGAAGCACUGCGCGAGUGACACCAAGAUCAUCGCAAAGAUCGAGAAUGCCGCGCCGACCUGUCAUGGACCGGGGGUGGAAGGUCUCCGGAACUUCGAUGCCAUCCUGCAAGAGGCGGACGGCAUCAUGGUGGCCAGAGGAGAUCUGGGCAUGGAGAUCCCCAUCGAGCGCAUUUGGAUGGCGCAGAAGUUCAUGAUCAAGCGCUGCAAGGAGGCUGGCAAGAUGGCGGUGACCGCCACCGAGAUGUUGGCAUCCAUGGAGGACAAGCCCUUCCCCACUCGGGCAGAGGCCUGUGACGUGGCGAACGGAGUGCUGGACGGCAGCGACAUGGUGAUGCUGAGUGGGGAGGUGGCGAAUGGGGACUUCCCGGUGCAAACCUGCGAGAUGAUGCGCAGGAUCAUUGAGGAGACUGAGCAUGCCAUGGAUUGA